CUGGCGGCGAUGAGCGACACUGCGAAAUGCACUCGCUGUGCCCCCGGCUCGUUUUGUAAGAGCUUCGCUCCACGCUCACUGGCAGCCACUCAUCACCACCACCAUUCCACCCCGCCGGAGAAGCGCCAAAUGCCAGCUGGAACUGCUACUUAGUCUUUGUGUGGAACCCAAUUGCAAUGUAUCGCAACAUACUCUGCCUGGCUCUGGGCCUGAUCAUUGGCAUCCGGGUGACGGAUAUCUUUGAGUUCUUCCAGCUGACCGAAGCGGGUCUUGGCAGUACGGUGAUGACACGAAUCGCGGAGGAGGCCACGCCCCAGCUGCCGACGGAGGAAGAGCUGGCCAGGCAGCUUUACAACGAGACCCGGGUGCUGUGUAUGGUGCUAACGAUGCCGAAAAAUCACAUAACGAAGGCCGCCAAGGUGAAACGAACGUGGGGCAAACGCUGCAACAAGCUGAUCUUCAUCAGCAGCCAGGAGGACAAGGAGCUGGGUGCCAUUGAUGUGGGCAUACCCGAGGAACGAGAAAAUCUAUACUUAAAGGUGCGAGCGGGCAUGAAAUAUGUGUACAAAAACUUUGUAGAGGAUUACGACUGGUUUCUCAAGGCGGAUGAUGACACCUUUGUGAUAAUGGAGAACCUGCGUCUGCUGCUGUAUCCCUAUGAUCCUGAGGCUGCUCUUUACUUUGGCCACCGAUUUCGAACCACCUUUCCGCAGGGCUAUAUGUCCGGAGGAGCAGGCUAUGUGAUGAGUCGGGAUGCUCUGAGACGGCUCAACUUGUUUGCAUUGAAUAAUACUCGUUUCUGUCCGCAUAAUCAGUCAUCGGAGGACAAAGGCAUUGGCUUCUGCCUGCAGAAUGUGGGCGUGGUGGCCGGCGAAUCGCGAGAUGAGAAAGGAAGGGAUCGUUUCUGGCCCUUGUCUCCCCAUUCCAUGUUGCCUACAUUCCCCAAUAACACCUGGUUGCACAAACUUACCUUCUUUGAGCCUGUUAAAGAAACUGGCUCAAGUUCGGGUAUUAGUUUUCAUUAUGUCAAGAGUCACGAGUUCGAUAGGUACGAGUAUCUACUAUAUAAACUACGAGUCUUUGGAGUUCCUGCGGCUCCGAGAAGACUGCCACUCAAGCUGGAGCCCAGGCAGUUGCAAAACCAGCUGCAGGUUUGGUCAGAGGCAAAGAGUAAUAACCCAAAUCCUGUUCUAUAUGAUCCCGAAAUUCAGCCUGGAUAAUAUACAAGUCAAUAAGAUAUUCAUAUGAAAUAAUAUCCU